CAUGACGUCAUAUUGUAGUCCAUUCGACCUCAGAUGCCGGAGAAUCCAUUUGCAGUUUGUUAGCUAAGCUGCCGAAAGUUGUGUAACAAGGAAAACAAAAGGACACCGCUCCCGGGAGGACUCGUUCUUGUGCUUUAUCCAGAGGGUACAACCCUCUCCUACUCCCCCCAACCCAGCUCCUAAUAUUGAAUUAUCAUUCGGCAAACAUGUUUUCAUUGUCAACGUCGUUUCAGCCUCAGCAGAUGAUAGUGCCCCUCAGCCAGCUCAUCAACGCCCUCCACGCUCUGAAGAACUCUGCCACGGCUUCGGUCCAGGCCCUGCACAAAGACUUCCUUCCAGAGCACAGUUCGUAUCUCAAUGAGCCCUGUGUGAGUCUGAGGGAUCUGGGCCUGUCAGACAUCCGGGUGAGUCAGCUGGAUGAGUUGGUCCGUAGGUUGUUGCCGGUACCAGGACCAGAAGAACCUCCCGCCGCGUCCUCGAUAUGGAGGUCGAGUCACGUUUCUGCCAACAGCUUCUUUCACAACAAGCACGGGUUUUCACAGAGAAGGUCAGGAGUUUUCGGCUCCCGCAUCUUCCACACACAAUACCACAGUCCUCUAAGAGAAGCUUGCUCAGAGCUGCAGUUCUUGCCUGUAUGGGUCCAGAGUCGGGGUUUCAAGACGCUGCAAUCAAAGACCAGACGAAGAGAGUCUGGUUAUGACGGUCCGGUGGAGUCCGAGGCCUACACGCCAUUCUUCAUGAAGGGAUUUCUUCAGAAGGAAAAGGUACCAGAAGCACAAUCACUGGACCAACUGACGAAACAAAAGAACGUUCCCGUUAACCAGCAGGAAUCUUUCAAGACGGGUUUCACCGAGGGGUUCAUGAGGUCUCAGGCCUUCACUCAGAGAACACAAGACUCGCUCAGGAGAACCAGGUUGAUCCUGGUGGUCCUUCUACUUAUUGGUAUUUAUGGCUUGUCAAGAAGCCCGUUUCUCUCGGGUAAAGGCUCCUUUUCUGAUGCUGUGAGGUUCCGCACCACAUCUGGUCUUGACUCGGCGGUCGACCCCGUCCAGGUGAAGAAUGUGACAUUUGACAAUGUCAAAGGCGUGGAGGAGGCCAAAAAUGAAUUGCAAGAAGUUGUCGACUUUCUCAAGAACCCCCAGAAAUAUACGGUUCUGGGUGGAAAGCUGCCGAAAGGGAUCCUCCUCGUUGGUCCACCGGGCACAGGAAAGACUCUGUUAGCGAGGGCCGUGGCCGGAGAGGCCGACGUGCCUUUCUACUACGCCUCCGGGUCAGAGUUCGACGAGAUGUUUGUGGGCGUCGGCGCGAGUCGAAUCAGGAACCUCUUCAAAGAGGCCAAAGCCAACGCUCCCUGUGUCAUCUUCAUUGAUGAGUUGGACAGCGUCGGUGGGAAAAGAGUCGAGUCUCCAAUGCAUCCCUAUUCCAGACAAACCAUCAACCAGCUGCUGGCUGAAAUGGACGGGUUUAAACCAAAUGAAGGCGUCAUCGUUGUUGGCGCUACAAACUUUGCAGAGGCGUUGGAUAGCGCUCUGGUGAGGCCAGGAAGGUUUGACAUGCAGGUGACCGUCCCUCGCCCCGAUGUGAAAGGACGCACUGAAAUUCUCCACUUGUACCUCUCCAAGAUCAAAAUGGACCCUGCCGUGGAUGCGUCGAUUAUUGCCCGGGGCACAGUGGGCUUCACCGGGGCCGAACUGGAGAACCUGGUCAACCAGGCCGCCCUGAAGGCCGCCAUGGACGAGAAAGACAUGGUCUCAAUGAGUGACCUGGAGUUCGCUAAAGACAAGAUCAUCAUGGGCCCCGAGAGGAGAAGUGUCGAAAUCGACAAGAAGAAUAAGACCAUCACAGCCUACCACGAGUCGGGCCAUGCUAUUGUCGCCUUUUACACCAAAGAUGCAAUGCCCAUCAAUAAGGCCACGAUCAUGCCCAGAGGCCCAACUCUCGGCCAUGUGUCCAUGCUCCCCGAGAACGACCGCUGGAGUGAGACGAGAGCCCAGCUGCUGGCUCAGAUGGAUGUCAGUAUGGGCGGGCGAGUCGCGGAGGAGCUCAUCUUCGGAGACGAAUACAUCACCACUGGAGCCUCCAGUGACUUCGAUGGAGCAACCAAAAUAGCAAAAAUGAUGGUGACCAGAUUCGGCAUGAGUGACAAGCUUGGUGUGAUGACCUACGGCGACGUGACCAAGCAGAGCCCCGAGACGCAAGCUGUCAUCGAGCAGGAAAUCAGGGCUUUGCUGAAUGACUCCUAUGAACGUGCCCGACACCUCCUGAAGACUUACAGCAAGGAGCACAAGAAGCUAGCGGAUGCUCUGCUGACGCAUGAGACUCUAGACGCCAAAGAGAUCAAGCUGGUGCUGGAGGGCAAAUCCCCGGAGCUCCAGAUACUUCAGUAGAGGUUUUAGCCUCCUGUAUCAUGUAUAUAUGACGCUGUGCGAAUACGCACAGGCCUAGUAUUUCAUUUGUUUGUAUCCCUCAUUAUUAUUAUUAUUAUUAAUGUGAAGAUGACACUGAAAUGAUGAAGUUUCACCCCCUUAGAAACAUUUUUAUUUUAUUAGAAUCUGUCUCGCAUUUCCUGUAGAGAAGACUUUUUGGUUUCACAGCGCUUUUAAAAGCACUAGGUGUCAUGAGAUGGACAUAAAUAUUCUACUGAAGGAUGUU